UGCUCCACUCCCAGCCCUUCAACAGCCGUUCUCCACCCCUCAUGUAGUGUACUGCGGUAGUGUAUCCGGCUUAGCGUCCGGAUGAUGCGUGCUCGCCUCUGGCCGUUCUGGGGAUGCACUGGCAGCGGGGCCUAUCGUCCGACGCGUCACCGGGACGUCCUCCCAUCGUGGGCUGCGCACGCUAACGCUAACCGCGCUCCCUUCACGCUUUGACUCUGCCCUGGCUCCGGGGGCGAGCGACGUUAUGCCAAGAAUGGAAGUCUCGGGAGCUUGUCUUCGCCCAAGGGCCGAUACUGUUCCGCCCAGGGUUGAAUCACACGGCACCACGCUCCCGUUGAUCCGACUGCUUCCUGUCCCAAGCCGGACCUGACUGUCGCUGUCGUGCAGUUAAUCCCUACAUGCUCCGGCGAUCGCGUUGGGAGGGGAGGGGGCAUAUCCAUGGAUAAAGACGGAGCACCCUGCCCCUCGCCCUGGCUACCUCCCCUUAGGCUCUCCCCAGCGUCUUUGCCUCGAGCCGCUCAAGUCAGCUAAGCUUCCUUGCUCCGCACCAUGGCUCAGAAGCUCCUUCUCGCCGCCGCCCUUGCGGCCAGCGCCCUCGCUGCUCCCGUCGUCGAGGAGCGCCAGAACUGCGGUUCCGUCUGGAGCCAAUGCGGCGGCAUUGGCUGGUCCGGCGCGACCUGCUGCGCUUCGGGCAAUACCUGCGUUGAGCUGAACCCGUACUACUCGCAGUGCCUGCCCAACAGCCAGGUGACUACCUCGACCAGCAAGACCACCUCCACCACCACCAGGAGCAGCACCACCAGCCACAGCAGCGGUCCCACCAGCACGAGCACCACCACCACCAGCAGUCCCGUGGUCACUACCCCGCCGAGUACCUCCAUCCCCGGCGGUGCCUCGUCAACGGCCAGCUGGUCCGGCAACCCGUUCUCGGGCGUGCAGAUGUGGGCCAACGACUACUACGCCUCCGAGGUCUCGUCGCUGGCCAUCCCCAGCAUGACGGGCGCCAUGGCCACCAAGGCGGCCGAGGUGGCCAAGGUGCCCAGCUUCCAGUGGCUUGACCGCAACGUCACCAUCGACACGCUGUUCGCCCACACGCUGUCGCAGAUCCGCGCGGCCAACCAGAAAGGCGCCAACCCGCCCUACGCGGGCAUCUUCGUGGUCUACGACCUUCCGGACCGCGACUGCGCCGCCGCCGCGUCCAACGGCGAGUUCUCCAUCGCGAACAACGGGGCGGCCAACUACAAGACGUACAUCGACGCGAUCCGGAGCCUCGUCAUCCAGUACUCAGACAUCCGCAUCAUCUUCGUCAUCGAGCCCGACUCGCUGGCCAACAUGGUGACCAACCUGAACGUGGCCAAGUGCGCCAACGCCGAGUCGACCUACAAGGAGUUGACCGUCUACGCGCUGCAGCAGCUGAACCUGCCCAACGUGGCCAUGUACCUGGACGCCGGCCACGCCGGCUGGCUCGGCUGGCCCGCCAACAUCCAGCCGGCCGCCAACCUCUUCGCCGAGAUCUACACGAGCGCCGGCAAGCCGGCCGCCGUGCGCGGCCUCGCCACCAACGUGGCCAACUACAACGGCUGGAGCCUGGCCACGCCGCCCUCGUACACCCAGGGCGACCCCAACUACGACGAGAGCCACUACGUCCAGGCCCUCGCCCCGCUGCUCACCGCCAACGGCUUCCCCGCCCACUUCAUCACCGACACCGGCCGCAACGGCAAGCAGCCGACCGGACAACGGCAAUGGGGAGACUGGUGCAACGUUAUCGGAACUGGCUUCGGCGUGCGCCCGACGACAAACACCGGCCUCGACAUCGAGGACGCCUUCGUCUGGGUCAAGCCCGGCGGCGAGUGCGACGGCACGAGCAACACGACCUCUCCCCGCUACGACUACCACUGCGGCCUGUCGGACGCGCUGCAGCCUGCUCCGGAGGCCGGCACUUGGUUCCAGGCCUACUUCGAGCAGCUCCUGACCAACGCCAACCCGCCCUUCUAAGCAUGAGUACCUAAGAUGCACACGAGAAGCAUGGCGUGGAGAUCAGUUUUUUUUACUGCCAGCGUGGGCCCGGUCACUCAGUCUACUCUAGCUGGGACGACUGUUUGAUUUCUGGCAUGUACAUAGCAUCCUAUUCUAUUAUUGCCCUUUGGAAGCAAAAUAGACUUGUUCAUAUCUCUUG